AUGGAAGCUCUGAAGGGUCACGACGUUGUUUUGGUGGCCGGUGGCGCAUCUGUUAGUCUCGCGGGCGAGAACAAGGACAUCUUGCUCAAUGAGGACGCUGAUUUUUCCGCGCCGUGCCUUGAUUUCGCUUGCCUUCUGGACGAUGGUUCUUGUCAUUGCAGCAUCCUGCUCGUCAUCCGCCCCGACGACCUCGUUUCGCCUGACGAGGAAAAUUGCGGAACGCGGGUUCUUCACAUCGAGUCAGUUCCCGACGAGGAUAAACAUUCAAAGCUGGCGGACGACGUGGUCGGGUGGUUCGCGAGGGUGGUUGCAUCGGGGAACUUGGAGCCGGAUCUCAAGAAGAAAGUUCGGCAGCGGGCGCUGGUGCUCAGGCGAGAGUGGAUGGACCUCACCCACGUUACCGAUCCUAACGCCAAGUCCGGCAUGAUCGUCGUCUACGGCUUUCAACGCGUGCUGCAAGAUUAUGAUUUUGCGUCGCGGAACAGUUCGGAUGUCGUCCGUGCCCCGAAGACGAAGUCCCUGAAGUCUCUGAGGGACAGGAUCGUCAAGCACGCGUGUGAUCUUGCCGUCGACAUCGUUCUAGCGGAGCCCGCGUUGCACAAAACGGCUGGCGCUCGCUCAACGGUGCUUCACGCGGCCGCGGUGGACAGCGCUGCCGGUACGGUCGCGGACCCUGGAAAGGGAAACCCACCCGCGAGUAAGACACCCGAUGGUGACAACGCGGAAAGGGUAUCGGAGGCUGUGGGUGAUUCAUCCGCGGGAAACCAGAACAGGAAGGUGGAUGACGCGGGAAACGAGAAGGGGCCUGCCGCGCCAACCGCGGAGAAGAACACCGCAGCUGACGACGUGGACAAGGCCAGUCCACCCCGCGUAACCGAGAAUCGGUUGGAGGUUGCUAGUGGCAGAGGUGGGAAAUGGCCGAAAAGGAGCGGCGGCCGCUCCGCCGAACAGCUCUCCAAGUUGCCGGCGCUCACGCUUGCGCACGAGGUGGUGCGUCUCGAGGCCAAAGUCCGUCGGCUGAAGGAGUUGGCCAAUGCGCAGGAAAGGCAAUUGGCACACCAGCGGGAUACGAUGUCGGAGUUGAUGGGUCGCGCGGAGGAGAGCCAAGAGGGGUUUGAACGGGCAUUGACGACCAUGAACCGCCUCGUGGCGCGCGUCGACGAUGCGGAUAAGCGAGGUCGCGAGGAUGUUGCAAACGCGGUCCAGGAAAUGCGCGUGGAGAGGGCGAACGCGACUUCUCAAAGGGAGACGGCGGCGCUCACAUUUGCACGCCUUGAGGCCGCGGUGGUGGAGUUGAAGUCCACGAUUUUUUCCGCGCUCAACAGUGCCGCAGAGCAGACUCGCGCGGAGGUCUGGCAGAAGCUCGUCGGCUUUGAAAACGCCGCUGCGAACGCGGCUGAGCGUGGUGCGGGCGCGGGGGCUAUGAUCUUGAGGACAGUGAUGGGGUCCUUCGCGGGUAAUUUGGGGCCGACUACAUGCCCCGAGCAGCCCGCGGGUCGGAUUCCCACACUCCCCGCGGCUCCAGCGGGUGUCACGAGCCUCCCGCUCAUCCUAUCAGGGGGUGGUGAGUCCGCGCGUCAGGAGAAGCGUCCUGUACCUCAAGCUGCCGAAGGCGAGGCUACUACGGGCCGCGUGAAGAAGUUGAAGGCCGCCGGAAAAGAUUCAUCUACCGCGGCUGCUGCAGUGAAGGACGGUGGAGUCGCGGCUGCGAGGCUUGCCAUUGCGGGGAGCAAGAACGAGGGCGCGGUAGUCAUUUCUGACGACGAGGAUGCGGAGGCGUUGGAAUCGCGGAAAAGGUUUCUUGCGGCCCGGGCUACGGUGAAGGGUGCUGGUCGUGGGGGUGCAAUGGCCAAGGACCCGAAGGACCAGCUUUGUAUUGGGACCGGUGCUGUGGAGGGGGGGCAUAAGAACGUCGCGGCCACACAGACGGCGAUGGUCGGAGUCCGCUUUACUCCGGGGAACAAAAACCCGUUCUCGGUUGAGCUUCAUCACGGAGGGGUGCGCUACUAUCUCGGCUCGUUUUCGCGUACUACGCCCGCGCGCUACCUGUCCGCGGUGGCACAGACCGUGUGGCACGACCGCGUUCAAGAGUCGAUGCUCAACAUUUUCAAAACGUGUCGCGAACUUGUGGAAGCGGAUUCGGACAACACUGUCCAGUCCGCGUUAUGUGCUGCAGUUGGGCUAGAGGUCGCGGACGAUGAUGCGAAAGUGAAGGGGAAAGAACAGAAGACGUUAUUCGCCGCCGCGGUCGCGUUCGCGUUUGCUGCUGUGUGGAGUCUGACCGCGGAAUAUGCGCGCUGCAACACGGCAGGUGGUGCGAGAUCGGCCUGGAAAAGAGUCACCGCGGAGGUUCGUGCUGCCGCGGUCAAAAGUGGCUCAGCCGCUGCAAAGCUGUGUCGCGCCAGUGCGGAUCAACUGGAGGGUUUGGAGGUGUGCUGGAGAGACGUGUGCUCGGACAUCCGGAAACACCAAGGUGAUCAGCUGGAGGCCGCGGCGAGCAUCCAGAAGAGGGUGCUGAAGUUGUAUGGGGAAGAGCUCGACAUGACCGACAAGGUUGUCGUGCAUCAGCUGAUCCAGGUGGUGGUCGACUGGAACUACGGUUCGUCCGUGUUCCCGGCAACGAAAGGUGUGGGCCUUUACAUGGAAUACCCGAAAAAGAAGGGGACGCGUGGGAAGGGCAAGAAUGGGGACGCGGGAGAGAAGGAUGGGAAGAGCGAUAUGGAUGAGAGGAAGGGCGAGGAGGCGGAGCAUAGUGAUGGAGAAGACGUGGAUGACGAUACGUUGAUGGUGGAAGGAUCGGAGGGCGGCGAGGAGUUUGCAUGA